CAAGUUUUGUACUUUGCCGGGAAAAGUUAAUGAAGCUGUGAUCGAGAGCUUGGAUCUGAAACUAGUAACAAGAUAUUUUGUUAUAUUACUAAUGCUUUGCAGCUUUUGUGCUUCACCGGAAAAGUUAAAUAGAGGCGGGAUUGAACUUUGGGAUUCAGAAUUUAGAAAAACUUGGAACUAG